UCUUGCUUCACGUGAUCGCGGGGUACACAACUUCACCAGAGUGCAGGGUGAAUCGCCGCGCUUCCGGGGGAGAGGAAACUUCUGGAAAAUAGUCACCAAGUUCCAAGUUCUGAAAGUCACAGCAGACCUCCCUCCUUCGCUGCCGACAUGGAACUAGCACUGACUUGCGUCGCUUGGCUGGCGAUGCUGAGUCGAGCUGCCGGUGAAAAUAACCUGACCGCCCUCUUUCACGAGGCCCUCAGCAACGACGGGUCCCUGCAGUCCUCCGUGGGUGUAUCCGGUGCCAUGUCUGACUUGGAACUGGUCUACCUGCGUCGACACCCGACCCCCGCCCCGCCCACCAUCGUCCUCAGCGCCAGGGAUAAGAGGUCGGGUUCUGCGGGACGAAUGAGUUACUUCUUCAGCGCCUUCGGCAGAAACUACAACCUGAAACUGGAAAAGACGUCGCACCUCGUAUCCCCCGGCGCCAAGGUGACGGUCGUGGGCCCUCGAGGGGGCGUGUCCGUGGCCGCCAUUUCGCCCGCCUCCUGCCACUAUAUCCACGUGGACGACGAUAUCACAGCUGCCCUCAAUGCCUGCAAACCUGGCACCAUUGCAGGAUACAUCGUCAGCCGCGACGUGACGCUGGAAGUGCGACCCUUGGGCAAGCGGGCGGCGGGGGAGCUGCACCAUGCCUUCAGGAAGCGGGGGGCGUGGCCAUCCUCCGUCCACAGGGGCAUCCCCCACGUGGUCAAGAGGAUGACGAAGGAUUCCCAGGCGAAGGAUUCCCAGGCGAAGGAUUCCCAGACGAAGGAUUUCCAGACGAGACCGAAUCCUACGCACAUGGAGCUGGAGAUCCCACCGCCGGCGUGUUCGGAGUCGAUCAGCAACGCCACGCCAGAUGACUUGGAAUUCGGCCAAGGGGAACUCUUCACUAUCCCGCCGGCGGAGACCUCGCCAGUGACCCCCGCCCUCGCCUUGCCGGGGUCCACGCCCAUCCCCGGCCCCAGCGACCCCCCGCCCACCGUGGCCCCGGGGAGACCCAUAGAGGAGGACCCUGAGGGCGUGUUCAUCCCCCCCCUUCCCUUCAAGAGGAGUUUAGGGCAAGCGGGAGACUCGUUGAGUGACAGGGAACCAAAGCCGAUGGGAGGGUUUCACCGAGAACCAAAACCAGUGAAUUUUGACUACACGCCAAGCCCUCCUGGAGACCGGGAACCCAAACCGAUGCAAGGGUUCGACCGGGAACCGAGACCGAUGAACCGGGUUCUGAGAGGACCGCCGGGAAUGGACCGGGAACCCAAGCCGAUGCAGGGAAUGGACCGGGAACCCAAGCCCAUGAGAGAACCGGGACAAGGACCAGAACUACCUGAAAACGAGCUGAACCGGGAACCGAAACCGAUGCAAGGCUUCGACCGGGAACCGAGACCGAUGAACCAGGAUCUCAGGGGACCUCCGGGUAUGGACCGGGAACCCAAGCCGAUGCAGGGAAUGGACCGGGAACCCAAGCCCAUGAGAGAACCGGGACAAGAACCAGAAUUACCUGAAACCGAGCUGAACCGGGAACCGAAGCCGAUGCAAGGGUUCGACCGGGAACCAAGGCCGAUGAACCGCGGGAUGAACCGGGUUCUGAGAGGACCGCCGGGAAUGGACCGGGAACCCAAGCCGAUGCAGGGAAUGGACCGGGAACCUAAGCCCAUGAGAGAACCGGAACAGGGACCAGUAUUACCUGAUGCAGAGCUGAACCGGGAACCGAAGCCGAUGCAAGGCUUCGACCGGGAACCGAGGCCGAUGAACCGGGAUCUCAGCGGACCUUCAGGAAUGGACCGGGAACCCAAGCCGAUGCAAGGGUUCGACCGGGAACCCAGACCGAUGAACCGGGAUCUCAGGGGACCUCCGGGUAUGGACCGGGAACCCAAGCCGAUGCAGGGAAUGGACCGGGAACCCAAGCCCAUGAGAGAACCGGGACAAGAACCAGAAUUACCUGAAACCGAGCUGAACCGGGAACCGAAGCCGAUGCAAGGCUUCGACCGGGAACCGAGGCCGAUGAACCGGGAUCUCAGGGGAGCUUCAGGAAUGGACCGGGAACCCAAGCCGGUGCAAGGGUUCGACCGGGAACCCAAGCCCAUGAGAGAACCGGGACAAGGACCAGAACUACCUGAAAACGAGCUGAACCGGGAACCGAAGCCGAUGCAAGGCUUCGACCGGGAACCGAGGCCCAUGAGAGAACCGGGACAAGGACCAGAAUUACCUGAAACCGAGCUUAACCGGGAACCGAAACCGAUGCAAGGGUUCGACCGGGAACCCAAGCCCAUGAGAGAACCGGGACAAGGACCAGAAUUACCCGAAACCGAGCUGAACCGGGAACCCAAACCGAUGCAGGGAAUGGACCGGGAACCGCGGGUGACGCCCACGAAGCGCAACGGCGAGAAAACCGUGGAAUUAGGCGUGUUUGUAGACCAGGCCGCCCACGACCUAUUCCUGCCUUACCUCGGGUCGCAGGCAGCCCUCACCGACGUGGUCCUCGGCUACGUGAAUGGGAUCCAGGCCCUGUUCCACCACCCUUCCCUCGGCCAGAAGAUCCACCUGGCCAUCAACCACAUCGAGAUCAUGGCCGCGCAGCCCUCCGCCCUUCCGCACUACGGGGGCCACCGCGAGCAGCUCUACGACGCCUUCAGACUCUACAACGAGGAGAGGAAAGAGCAGGCGGCGAAUCUCGUCGACGGCAGGCCCUGGGAUAUGGGCAUUCUCAUCUCGGGACUGAACUUCUACAGUGUUCACAAGAAGGACGGUCGCACAUCCUACUCUACAAUGGGCCUAGCUGCUGUGCGGGGCGUGUGCCACCCGGGCUACAGUGCCGUCAUCGUAGAGCUGGGUGCCACCGACACCUGGGGAAAACCGUACCCGUCAGCUGGGUUUGCCUCCGUCUACGUCAUGGCUCAUGAAAUGGGUCACAACCUGGGCAUGCUCCACGACGGCUACGGGAACGCCUGCCCCAAGAACGGCUUCGUGAUGUCGGCCUCGCGGUCGACCAGCGGCGAAACCAACUGGUCGUCUUGCUCUCGGGAGGUCGUCGAGACGCUCUCCGCCCCCUGUUUGAACGACAACCCGCCCGAAAUCCCCAAGCACGACCACUCCGUCUACGACCAGCUGCCCGGACAGACCUGGGACGCGUACGACCAGUGCCGGGUCUUCCUCAGAGAUGACGACGCUACGCUCUAUAACGAGUCGUUGGCAGAGUUACACAGCGUAUGUAACACCGUCAUGUGCCGGAGUCCUCAUAGAAUCGGUUAUUUCAAGGCCGGACCUGCUUUAGAUGGAACUUACUGCGGCGCCGAGAGUUGGUGUGUUGCAGGCUCUUGCACGCCUUGGCCGCCCAGCAAAGCCCCGGAUGUGGUUCUGGGUGGGUGGAGUUCCUGGCAACACACCGGCUGUGAAUCCGGUUGCAUCCAUAAUUCGACGGGGGUGCAGAUGUCGAAAAGGGCAUGUUCGAACCCCAAGCCGCGGAACACAGAAAAGCGGUGUUCGGGUGUGGACGCGACGGUCAACCUGUGUGACGAUUCUAAGGUCUGCCAAGGCGCCAGGGUGUCUAUCACGGAGUAUGCGGUUAGGAAGUGUGACGAAUUUUCGAAUGUGGUUCCUGAUCUCAAGCCUAUUGGUGCUAUGGCGCCUCAUAACCCGGAGCGUAAGUGGCAGGCGUGCGCCGUGUUCUGCCAGCGUUCCUCCGGCACCUGGUACUCCCCCCGCACCGACCUGAGCCACCUGCCCCACUUUGCCUUUUUUUCCCCCGAUGGGCACUCUAUGCCAGGGACGCCGGGGCACAAAUUAUGCCGGCCCCAUCAUGCCUCCCCAAGGAGGGCGCUCGACAAGCCAAAGAGCUGCACGAACCGGAUCCGGAGUGGGACGUCCCGUGUACCCGAAGCGCCCCGGAGGGCCGUCAACAAAAACGGUUUUUGGGAGGUGGCCAAGAUCUUCGAGCUCACUCAGAACAUGGAUCCGCUGAUGCUUAUGGCACAGGAUCAGGUUUUCACCGUCGAACAACGCGAGAGAAAACGGGCAAACUGUGAAGAGGGUCUGUAG